AAUGCUUCUCUUUCUCUACAGCGCUGUUGGGAGAUUGCCAUUGCACCCCUUAAGCAGAUCCCUAUGAAUUUGUUCAUAAUGUACAUGGCGGGUAACACCAUCUCCAUCUUCCCUAUCAUGAUGGUUUGUAUGAUGGCAUGGCGGCCCAUCCAGGCACUCAUUUCCAUGUCUGCCACUUCUAAAUUAUUGGAGAACUCAAGCCAGAAGUUCUUGCAAGGACUGCUGUAUCUCAUCGGAAACUUACUGGGCUUGGCUUUGGCUGUGUACAAGUGUCAGUCAAUGGGACUGCUGCCAACUCAUGCAUCUGAUUGGCUGGCCUUCAUUGAACCUCCAGAGAGAAUGGAGUACACUGGAGGAGGGAUGAUUCUCUAAGGCAACAAUGAAGGGUACUGACCACUAAAAUUAGCAUACACUGAAGAGUCUUCACCGCUGAAAAGAACUGCACUAAUGAAAUGAUGUUGCUGAUAAUAGCCUUUACAGCUAGUAGUGGAUAGACAGUAUAAAAUUCUAUUUUAGGCUGGAUGCAUCAUUGAAAUCCUACUAACCCCUUCUGGGCUACUGUGCAUUAAUAUCUGCUUUGUUGUUCAGCAGAGAGAGACUUGUUCCAUACGGAAGCUUGUGUGAUGCAGUUCCUUGCUGAAAUAUGUCACCUAAGAGAAGAUUGCCUGGUUUAUGACCUAGUGAACUUUUGGGUUAUAGACCUUUUUGUACCCAUUAAUGUACUCAUGGAAACUUUAGAGUACUAUUGCAAUUGUCAGUGAGAGAGCAUUAUUAUGUAAAUAAAAUUUGAGAAUGUUUGGGACUGCACUAUAUUAAUUAAUUUAACUUUGUCAUUACCUGUGUAUUACAGAAGGGUUUUAUACAGUUUCUUGAUGCAUUUGUUUUAACCCCAUCUUUUUAAAGGUAAGUCUCCAUGCAGUGUCUCUUAACUCUUUGUACAGCAGUACACACCUAAAGCUGGCCUGUGGUGCUGUUGCCCUAUUGACUGUAUAUGCUAAAAAUUUCAGGCAUGUAAUGCUAUAUUUAUGUAAACUACUGCCCAUAUACAUUUUUUAUACACAGUUGUGUUUGCGUUGGGAAUAGCAAAGCAUCUAUUUAGCAUCUUACCUGUAUCCGUCUCUGUAGUGUUGUAUUUAUAAUUUAUGUUCUUCUCUUGCCCCUGGUUAGGCUGCAGCCUGGUUAAAAAGUAUGUAAAUAAACAGAAUAGUUAUAAGGUUGUACUUCAGAAAUGAAGCCUUGUCCAUUAAAUGUUCUGAAUGAGA